AUUGCGAAGGAAAAUGAAAGACUUCAGUCAUUCAAACAUGAAUUAGAAUCUAUUUUGGAUCACACGACAAAGAUGGUGUCUUCGAUAUCCUCGAUUUACAAACAGAAGAAAGAUGAAGUUACAGCACGGGGAGAAGAGUGGCACAAAGAGAUCGAGAAGACCGUGAAGAAACUUCAUCAGGAACUGGACGACAUGCAAAAGGAACACGAGGCACUACUUAAGAAACAAGAGACAGAGUAUAAAGGAAUACUUAAAAACUUGGAUCAAAUAAACAGAAGAGCAACAAGUUUACAGAAAUCAAACGAUGUCAAAGAAAUGCAGACAUUCAUACCAAUGAUUGAGAAACAAAAAACAUUGUCAGAGUUCACACAGUAUUCGUUUCCAACGUUCUGUGAAGCCUAUACCGACGACAACAAAGUGUGGAUGGGAGGAAAUACCAAAGAACUGAAGCUGUUCGAUCUCCAAGGACACCUUCAUCGAACGGUCAGCAUUACUUACGUCGGCUCGUUUAUUUAUAUGCUCAACAAACAAGUAGGUUAUAUUGAUGAGAACAAGAGAGCCGUGAAAAUAAUAUCUAACUCCAACAAUGACGUUACGAUAUUUACCACAGGGGACUGGAAUCCUCGUGGCAUCACAAGCACAGCGUCUGGUGACCUUCUGGUAUGUCUAUAUAAAGAUAAUCAGUCCAAAGUCGUCCGAUACAGCAGUACCGGUGGCGUUCUCCAGGAAAUCCAGUACGACUCGCUGUGUCAACCAAUAUAUUCAAGUCCAUAUUACAUAACUGAGAAUGUCAACGGAGACAUCAUUGUAACUGACUGGAAGAAAAACUCAGUCAUUGCUGUCAAUAGAUUAGGGAUAUUACGAUUUUCGUACUCAAAAGAGGAGAAUAUAUUUUUUGCAAGUGCAGUCGUUCAUGAUUCGUUUGGUCACGUCAUAAUUGCAGAUUAUCGCGGGGACAAAAUUCACCUGCUGGACAGAGACGGACAAUUCCUGAGAUACAUCAUUCCUAGAGAGGGAAUUAAAAGCCCUCGUGCCUUGUGUAUCAUGGGACACGGCGAGAUGAUAGUGGGAGAGGGUUGGACUGGAAAUGCAAAAAAAAUUAAGUACUUGAAAUAG